AUGGAUAAAAUGGAAGUUCCAGAGAAUAAUAAUCAAGAGUACAUACCACAUACAAAAUGUAUUAUUCAAGUAGUAUUCGAACAGGAAGGGACGUUAAAACGAACGGUUGAAUUCAUUCAGCAGUAUUAUAAUUCGCAAACAUGCCGCACAUUCUUUAUUCCACGCAAGGUCAACCAUGAAUUACGUUACUACUCGUCAAAUAAGUGGAAAACGCCAACAAUUUCAUCAGUUAUCCUUUUCGUAUAUCCUGUACGUACCACCGAAUUUUCUUCUUUGGUUACUCGCGAAACACGAUUGAAACCAAUUCAAAUCCAACUACUUGAAAAACCGAUAAGAGUUUAUAUCAAGAAACCAUCAACACUUACCAUUUCGCCAGUUAAUAAUUCGAUCAGUUAUAGACAAAUUAUUUCUAAAAUAUUCACCAAACGAAAAAAGAAUGUAUUAUGGAGAUUACCCUUAGAAGUUAAACGACAAUCCAACGAUAAAAGGAGUACAACUAGACUUAUUAUUCCUUUUGGGUUUGAACUUAACAUUGAUUUAAAUCCAGGUCGAAGUUUAAUUAAUGGUUAUGUUAAAGAAAAUUAUGAUUUUGAGGGUGGAAAAUAUUAUGAAUCGGAUAAGGAAAGAAAGAAUGAUAGAAGUAGGAAGAAAUAUUUAAGUACUAUGGAAUUCUUCGAUAUUUUGAAAUACAGUAGAUGA